CUAGUGUGUGAGCUCAGUUAAAAAUCAUACAGCUGAUAUUCAUUUUAACAUAUAGAUUGAAAAAAUAAAUCACUUACCAAAGUAAUUACUUAUUAAUUUAAUACGACUCGAUAAGACACCCCCCUCCCUCCUGCAAAGGCCGUGAUUGCAUUUGGUGACGUCGCGCUGGAACGAGACAUGAAGCCCCCCUUUAUCCGCCAUUUUGAAAACAUGAGAGCAUCGUCCCUGCCUUCGCCUUGCACACGGAACCAGUUCAUAACCGUUGUUUAGUUCAUUUUCACUCGUCCUAGUUGUAUAUAUCCGAGUGCAUCAAUUAUAUUUUCUUUUCUAAUAAUUCGGGAAAAACUUACAAUUUUAGUUGUACAUUACUGUGCGGAGUGAUAGUGGAACUCUUGGUCAGUGAAGUGACUCGGUUGUCCCGAUUUCACACCUUCGGAUUUCGUCGCCAUCCACAUCCUACUUUUUUCAUAUGUGUGUUAAAUUUGUGAAUAAAGUUACCCCUCAAUUGACUUAGAGCGAACUAAUGUGUGUGUUUUCUUAAUCGUACAUUUUGGAUUACUUUUCUUCCUGCUGAUUCCAAAUUCAAUUGAGAUGGAGAUUGAUUUGGACAAUGGGAUGAACCCAUUAUACGCUCAAAGGUUGAGGAAGCAGCAAUGUUUCGCCCUAGCAAUGAAAUCUGCCGAAGCUAAAAUCCUCGGCAAAACUAAUGAAAACCAAAUGAUCAUUGAUGACAAUGAUGAAGAAAAGAAAAAGUCAGUUUUUGCUGACGGUAUGAAGACUGAAGAAAAAAUGGAAGAAUGUCCCAUGGUGGGCCCCAUUGUGGACGACGAAGAGGCAAUGGAAGAAAAUUGUGUGAACAAUGGACAGAGAACGCCUCAAAAUUAUGAUUCUCAAGAUGAAUUUGAGGAAUCUUCGCCUUUCAAAAAUCUGCAAGCUAUUUUUAGGUCACCAUCUACACCUGUCAAAGGAACGAAUACACCCGUGUAUGCUGAUCGUUUCAUUCCGUCAAGACUUAAUAAUAAUUGGCAAACUCGCUUUGCAAUGAUACCAAAGAAAAAGAGUAAUAGUGCCUCAGGAAAGAAAGCUAGAGACUCAACCAACUCAGAAUUGAACCGGGAGGAUUUGGCUUACUCUUGUCUCCUUCGCAAUGAGCUUCUAGGUGCAGAAAUUGAUAGAGUUCGUGGUCAAAGUGAUGAAAAUAAAUUGGUUUCAUCGCCAAAACAAAAGAAUCUUUUCCAGUAUUCUCCUUCUGUGAAGCAGGAGCAGAGUAUAGAUGCCUGUGCGCCAUUUUCGUUAUCUCCAGUAGGACCCAAAAGCCAAAAACUCCUUCGAUCUCCCAGGAAAGCAACCAGAAAAAUAUCACGGAUACCAUUUAAGGUUCUUGAUGCUCCUGAUUUACAAGACGAUUUUUAUUUGAAUUUGGUCGAUUGGUCGUCGCAGAAUGUUUUGAGUGUAGGUUUAGGUAGCUGCGUUUAUCUGUGGUCCGCCUGUACAAGCCAAGUCACAAGACUGUGUGAUUUAUCUGCAGAUGGAAAUACUGUAACAUCUGUUUCAUGGAACGAAAGGGGAAAUCUUGUUGCGGUUGGAACGAAUCAUGGGUCUGUGCAAGUGUGGGACGUAGGUGUUUCGAAGCAAGUUAAUAAAUUAGUUGGUCAUUCUUUACGAGUCGGUGCAAUAGCUUGGAAUGGAGACAUUUUGUCUUCUGGGUCAAGAGACAGGUUUAUUUUCCAAAGAGACAUCAGAACACCAGCAAUCGUUCAAGAACGAAGGCUUGUUGGUCACAAACAAGAAGUCUGCGGAUUGAAGUGGUCCCCUGACAACCAAUAUCUAGCCUCUGGUGGCAACGACAAUAGGCUGUAUGUAUGGAACAUGCAUUCGUUAUCACCUCUUCAGACUUACACUGAACAUCUAGCUGCUGUGAAAGCAAUCGCAUGGUCUCCUCAUCAUCAUGGUCUACUGGCCAGCGGUGGUGGCACGGCUGAUAGGACUAUUCGGUUUUGGAAUACAUUAACUGGACAACCCAUGCAGUUCGUUGAUACUGGUUCACAAGUGUGCAAUUUAGCUUGGUCUAAACAUUCAUCUGAAUUGGUCAGCACGCAUGGCUACUCCCAAAAUCAAAUUCUGGUGUGGAAAUAUCCAUCAUUAACCCAAGUUGCAAAACUAACGGGCCAUUCGUAUCGAGUUCUUUACCUGGCCAUGUCUCCUGAUGGCGAAGCUAUCGUUACUGGCGCUGGUGAUGAAACACUUAGAUUCUGGAAUGUCUUUUCAAAAGUCCAGUCAACAAGGGAAAACAAAUCCGUCUUAAACCUGUUUUCAAGUAUUCGUUAGUGUGCUUUUCGUGGGUCCUGAUUGUGGUUGGUUUGUUUUUUUCUCCUUUCUUCUUUUUUUCUGUAUUAUUGUUUAUACAGAGUUUAUUUUUAAAAAUUUCUCACCCUCUUUUCUUUUCUCUCUCCUCCCUUUUAACUUUCAGGUUUUACUAACCAAGUUCUCAUGCCCUCUGCUCGUUUCUAAUUUCAUACUUUUCAAUUUUUACGAGCAAUGUGAUAUCGGAGAAAAGAAAAGAGGGGAGGAUAACGUUCAAAACAGAGCUUUAUAUAUUUAGAUGAUUUAUUUUAUGUUUUCUUUUCUCUUGUACAGUAGUAAAUAGACAAAAUUGUUAUUUUUGGUUUAUCUUGUUUAAAUUUUUGUGUUGGUUUCUUUGGUCCUUUUUUUGUCUUUUGCUGUGUCGUUAUCUUUGAUUACCUAUGAUUACAAAAGACUUUUUGUAUUUUCCUUUUUUUAAAACUCGAAGUAAUGAUUCCUAAUUUUACUUGGCCGCAAAUGCCUGUAACCUUUCUUUCAUUUUUGUUCCAUGAAAUUUCAAUCAGUGUUCAGGUCUAUUUGAUGUAAAAUUAUCGUUUCUCUUGAAAUCACCUCGCAUUUCUUGAAUAACUGUCUUGAAAAAGCUUGAAAGUCUAAAGUUAAAUUUAGUUCUUAUUCUUAUAAAAUCAUUGUCACUUUUCCCGUUCUCUUUUUUGAGCACUAAGCUAAGGAAAAAAAGUAUUAGGCAUCGAAGCAGCAAAUGUUGAUACUGAUUUUUUAUUUGAAUCAUUCAAUAAUCAAGCUGAAAUUGUUUUUCAAGGUUCAAAACACUUACAGCACUUAGAUCUCUUGAGAAUACAAAGAAGUCAUUUCUUUCAUGAAUCCAAUUAUGUUUUACUUGUGUAUUUUUCUUUAGUGCCUGUACAUGAUCCUCUUAGAUGAAAAGCAAGGAAAGUGUACUGCUGCCUCCUGAUUUGUCUUUUUCACUGUUUUCCUGCUGGAGGAUUCUUGCUGUCAAUUUUCUGAAAAUUUUUGUUCCCUUAUCAUAAUCAAUGAUUUAAUGGCCCUCUGUGUUCUCAGUUACCUGUGCUUUUAUAUGAGCGUAGAAAAUGGAUCCUAUUUCAUAAUCAAUUCCACAGUUAUUUCUAUUAACCUCUUUCUCGUUUUUUGUUGAAAUAUUUAUUUUAUUUGCUACAAGUAUCUAAUAUUUCUCUUAAAUUUCCAGUUUAUUUUCUCUUUUUUCCCUCUAUAUAUGCAAUAGUUUGAAUCUACGGAGUAUUAAAAAUAAAUGGCUUGCUUUAGAGAGCAAGACAAAGAACUGCCAAUAAUUAAGCUAUAGACACUGAAAAGAAUUUGAAAUGAAUUAUAGUUUGGACUUUGAUAGGAUGAAUGUACGUAUCGUGAAAAGAAUGCUCGUGAUUUGUUCAAAAAUACUCUAAUCAAAGAAUAUUCACCUAACCUAUUUUCUAAUUUUUUUUAAUAUCGUCUCUUUAUUUUCAUGAAAUGAAAAAAAUUACGGUAUUUUCUGAAUGUGUUUAAGCAGCAAAUGGGUUGUUCAAUUAGUACACUCACUGCAAUGAGUUGCCCGUACGAACUGUAUUGCAGGAUCCCUAGAAACAAAUAAAAUAAAAGGGAUGAAUGAAGUGUGAGAUAUCAGAAAGCUGCUUUUGAGUAUGGUGGUUACCACAAUAAUUUUAAGGAAGCUACACUGAAUCGCUGAUUCUUUUUCACAAUACAUUGUUGCGACUUAGCUUGUGAAAAUCUCCGGUGGAGGUAAGGCUGUACUUCAAUACAACCCUUGCAAGCAAUUCCAUAAAAUAGAGGCCUGCUUUUUUCAUGACACAAAAUUUUACUCACCAAACAAUUCAAUUCUCAAAUAGAAAUAAGAUUUUCAAUAAAAAUCAACUCGGUUCCUCUGUCGUACUCUUUUAUGUUCAGCCAGCAGAAAUUAUAUGAUUCGUUAUUUUGUCGAAAAUAUUGCAGGAAUUAACUAUUUCACAGUACAUACAUUUUAGAGUUCUUUCUCUGUUUUUUUUUGUCUUUUUUGUGUAUUUUGGAUUCCAGUGAAUUUGUAUACAUUUUGUAAUUACUGCAAGGGAUUUUUCCCCCUUGACUAAAUUUUCAAGUGGAGCUCUCUUCUGAUCACAUUGUGAGUAGACAGAUGUUGGAUAUAAUGUAUGCUCAUUAUUACAAUUUAAGUUCUUUUUCGCAUCAGCCAUCGUCCAUGUUGUGGUAUGAUGAAUAGACUGAAAUUGGUAGUUUCUAAGUUCUAUGGUAAAUCUAACAUGAGUUCACAAGUCAAAAUUUUCCGGAAAGAUAUUGAUUCUAUGUGCUCUUGAACUUUUCAUAAUUAGUAAAUUAAGUUUUUGACAAAAAUUUGACAUCUCAAUUAUUAAUUUGAAUCAUGCUUAAUGCUCUCUUUCAAUUCUAAAUGAAAAAUCAGCUAUGUCAUGCAUCGGAUCUCAUAUCGAGUGUCUACAAAUCUGUCAUGUGUAAAAAUAUUUGAAACAACAAACAAAUCAGCAGAUUUGACCAUAAGGAAUCGGUAAGUUUACCUUAGCACAUCACUUUAAAUCCUACUAUUGCAGUCUCAUUCUAUAACAAUUGCAAUACGAAGUACUAAAUGUGUACUGAUGCUCCUUCAGAUCUAUUUGUUGUGAAUUCUAGUUUUACACAAGUAUAGGUAUUUGCUCCAUGAUAUAUCGUGUCAAUUUCCCUCAUCUGUAUUUUUCCUAGUGGUGUCUACGUUGCGUUUCCUGCACUCUCUCAAGCGGUUUUGCUGCAUCAUGUUUUUGUACACAAGAUUUAAAAAGAGAAAAAAACCAAAUAUGAAACAAAAAGAGAAACAAUUCCAACACAUGCACUGUAUGUAAAGUCAAUGAUUGUAAAUAUUUGUUAUAUUACAUGGCGUGUGUACAGUUAAA